AUGGCUGUUUCUAAUGACGCUGAGCCAUGGGCCGAGGGCGCAGAGAAAUACAGGGGCCAACGCCUACUACCCCACGUUAUUGACUAUUACGCCCACCAUGAGCCCGAUCGUAUCUUCGCCGCCAUUUCUAAGUCUGAGAGCGUCGCCAAUGGCUUCCAGGAUAUUUCUAUGAAGAAAAUGGCUACGGCUGUGGACCAUAUGGCCUGGUGGCUUGAUAGAACCCUGAAGGGUAGUAAAAAACGGCGGACAUUGGCCUAUAUUGGCGCGGCCGACUUGCGAUAUGCGAUUAUGCUACUGGCAGCUAUGAAAUGUGGAUGGAGGACCAUUUUUAUCUCACCGCGAAACCCCGCGAUUCUCAACCUCGGCCUACUCCAGCAGGUCGACGUCAACGCGCUUCUUUAUGCAGAUGUUCUGCGGUCAAUGGCCAAAAGUUUGCAGAAAUUUGACCCCUCGAUGUCUUGCAAGCAGGUACCCUCAAUGGCCGAUUUUAUCAAGUCACAAGCCCCACCGUACCGCUUCGAGGCUUCAUGGCACGAUUUAAAAGAUGACAGGUGCUUGAUUUUACAUUCGUCUGGAUCUACAGGCCCGCCAAAGCUGGUGCAUCUCACCCAUUACACAUUGUCUUGCACGGAUAACGAUCCCAAAGUACCUGUGCCAAAGGGUCGACGACCGCAAAAUGCGGCACAAUUCCACUUUGAUCCACCAGGGCGAUUUUACUCUUGCUUCCCACCAUAUCAUCUGGCUGGUGUACAAUCAUUUCUACUUCUGCCUGCCUUCUCACAGACGGCAACAGUUGUAAUGGGCCCGCCUAUGAUGCCUCCAAGUGGUUUCUUGGUCGAUGCAAUUAUGAAACAGCAGGAUGUUCGAGCUCUUUAUCUACCCCCUUCUAUUAUUGAACAAUGGGUACUAGAGCCAUCCGCCUACAAACAAGCAGAGAAUCUGGAUUUCGUGCUCUACAGUGGCGGUCCAUUGGUAGACAGUGUUGGAAAUCGCCUGGACGAGAUCACGGAUGUCUGCCAAAUGUAUGGUUCCCUCGAGAUGGGCCAAAUUCAAAUGCUCGUGCCCAGCCCGGGAGAGUGGAGCUAUUUGGAGCCCAAUCCGGCUGAGGAAUGUGACUUCCAGGAAAUAGAUGAGGGCGAAGGCGUCUACGAGCUGGUAUUGCAUCCCGACAAAAAGUUUAUCGGCCAGCGUUCUCUUGCCCAUACAUUCCCCGAUGUCACGGGCGAAUGGCGCACCAGGGACUUGUUCAAGCCUCACCCAUCGAAGCCUGGAUUGUGGCGCUUCCACUCGCGCACUGACGAUAUCAUCGUGCUUGCCAGCAGCCACAAAGUUUGGCCUAUCCCUAUGGAGCAGACAUUAGCCGGCGACCCUCUCAUUGCAGGUGCUUUGAUGGUCGGCAAUGGCCGUCCCGAAGUGCUUCUCCUGGUUGAGCCACGGCCCGGACCGCAAGUGGAUCGGAUGAGCAAGAAAGAAUUCAUCGACUCUAUCUGGCCCACGAUCGCGCAGGCAAACGCGACUGCACCCGAGUAUGGCAAGAUCCGCCGAUCGCGAAUAGUUCUCAGUCAACCCAACCUGGGAUUCUUCCAAGCUCCCAAGGGAACCAUCUCGCGGAAGCCAACUGAAUCUCUGUAUGCCGAGUACAUCGCUGCAGCCUUCAUUGACGGUACCACAGACGAACAGAGUGAGGUGGGCAUCCUGGAGAAUCACUGGCUUGACGAAGCCAAGAGAUUCAUUGGCUCUGUUGUGCAUGAUAUCCGACCAGAUAUCACUUUGAAAGAAAGCGAUGACUUCUUCGUUGCCAAAGCCAUGGACUCUCUGACAGUUCUGGAGCUUGGGCAGAAGUUGAGGUUGAGUCUGCUACGGCGCAUGAACCCGGACAAGAACACGAUCAACUUUUGGCUUCGUACAAUCUUUGAGAAUCCGUCUAUCGAGACUCUGGCUAAAGCCACGCUUGACGCUGUCUUUGGCCAAAGUGACUCAGCCGAAUACAACUCUCUGGGUCUCAAUAUGGAGCAUGUGUUGGAAGAAUUCGUGGCUCAAUUACCAGAGCCGAGUGGAUUGAAGCCAGGAGUUGAGCUUCCCACGGAGGAUAUCAAGGUUGUACUACUAGGCUCUCGAGGUCGUCUAGGUCCUUAUAUUGUCAAGGACCUGCUCAAUGACCCCCGUGUGGCCGGCAUCAAGUGUCUGGACCGCGGCGGCAGUGGCCAAGCAGAAUUCCAGCGCCGUGUCAAUGAACUCGGUCUAGACGUGGAUGCUAGUAAUGCACGGUUACAAUUCAUUUCUAUGGAACUCUCUCAUCCGAGCCUGGGUCUCUCCCAAAGACAGAUGGAUGAAAUUCUGAACCACGCCAAUGUUAUUAUCCACAAUGUCUGGGCUGUCAACUUCGCACUAUCACUGUCCUCUUUUAAGCCCGAGAUGUUGAAGAGCAUCAAUACGGUCAUUGAAAUCGCAAACAUGGCCCCAUCCCGGCCUCGCAUCGUGUUCGCAUCCAGCACCGGCACAGUAUCAGCCUGGGCUAAGGCUGUGGCCCCGAAUGUGCCCGUCCCGGAAGAAGUCAUCAAGUGUGCCAACGCCGCGACAUUGACCGGUUAUGCUCAAUCAAAGCACGUCGCAGAGCGACUGCUAGCCGCCGCCGGUGCUAAGCUCCAAAUUCCCAUCUCCAUCCUUCGCGUUGGGCAAAUCGCCGGCCCAACUACAAUAAGAGGCGGCGGCAAAUGGGAAAGCCACGACUGGAUGCAUUCCCUCGCCCUUCUCUCCAAGGCUUGCGGCCUGGUCCCCUCUGACGUGGCAGAAAUUGACUGGAUUCCCGUUGAUCAAGUCUCACGCAUCGUGACUGAUAUCACACUGCAGGAGAAACAUGAAGGCGAGACCGGGACGCCCUUUGUCCAACUUUACAACGUGGUGCACCCGCGACCAAUUCAAUUCUCCGUGUUCGCAGAUGCCUUGCAAUCGUGUAUUUCUUCAUCUAGGCAGGUAGGUUUCCACGCCUGGGUUGAUCACCUUGCGGGUCUGACGCCGGAUAAGCUUUCAAAGGAAGCUGCGGCCGAGAAGACGCGCAUCCUGCCAUUCUUCCAGGCUAUCGUUGAAGAGCAGUAUCCCAAGUUUACUCUCGAGAAAGCCAAGAGAGCUAGCACAGUAAUGGAGGAGAUGGAGCCUAUUGAUAAGGAGAUGCUGACGAGGUGGUGCCAACAGUGGACGAAAGCUUAG